AUGAGGAGUUUCUCAUCAACAUUGGCCUCUGAAACAGACCACAAAGGCAAAAGUGACAACUCAUUAGCCAGACUUCCACUUCCUCCUGCUUACAAAUUAGAGUUAAAUUCAGUUCCAGAGAGGAAUGCUGGAAAUGUUCCUUUUGAGUGGGAGAAGGCACCAAGAAGACCAAAAGAUGAAAGCAAAUUACAGACACAAGAUUUUGAGAAGCCUCCCUUCACUUCAAACUUUCUACUUGGGAGGGUAUCAAAAACUAAGCAACAAUCACUUGCUGAGACGAGAACUGGAAGCACACUUUCCAACUCUCAAAGUGUUGCAUCCUUGGACAAAAAAGCAACAAAACAUUCAAAAGCGGAAACUAGGGAGAAAGAAAGUUCUGGUUCAAAUGAUGGAGAUGAGGCCUAUGAAGAUGCUCGUGACUCACUUUCUAGGACUGAAUCAUUCUUCAUGAGUUGUAGUGUGAGUGGCUUGAGUGGAUGGGAUGAACAAGAGGUACAACCAUUUGGAAGUUUCUCAAGUGAUCACCAGAAAGGUCGCAAUUUCAUGAUUGAUAGGUUCUUGCUUGCAGCAAAGGCAAUGACAUCAGAAUCUCCUCAAUAUGCUUCCAAGAAAGCACAUAUUGGACAAGAACAACAAAAGCAGAGAAAGAAAGAAGUGAAUACAGAAAGUCCAUGUCCCAUUAACCAGCAUAGGCCAAAAGCUUUGCCAUAUUACACUCAAGAUAUUGAUGGGGAAGAAAGUGAUGAUUGCAGUGAAUAUGAAAACUACACAACUACAACUUGUGGCCUAUGUCCUCGGUUCUGCCUUUUGAAUCCAAUGCCUGGAUUAAGAAUGGUGGAAAGGGUUCCAACAAAUGCAGCUCAUGGAAUGCAAGCUAAAUCAGCUGCUUCUCACAUUGGAUCUUCAAAAGAGGUAUUAAUUUGUGUGUCAUAUUGCUGA